GAACGCGGCGGCGCGUAGGUUUGUGAUCCACAUAAAGGAAGGGGUGUACGAGGAGAUCGUGAGAGUGCCAUUGAAAAAGAAGAACGUGGUAUUUUUUGGAGAUGGGAUGGGCAAAACCGUCAUUUCAGGGUCACUCAAUGUGGGCCAGCCUGGGAUCUCAACCUACAAUUCGGCUACCGUCGGAGUUGCUGGUGACGGAUUCAUGGCCAGUGGGCUGACCAUUGAGAACACAGCAGGGCCUGAUGCUCACCAAGCUGUGGCCUUUAGAUCAGACAGUGAUCUCUCAGUCAUCCAAAACUGUGAGUUUAUAGGCAACCAAGACACUCUCUACGCCCAUUCCCUACGCCAAUUCUACAACUCCUGCCGAAUCCUAGGCAAUGUGGACUUCAUCUUUGGAAACUCGGCCUCCAUCUUCCAGGACUGCCACAUCCUACUCCGCCCUCGGCCCACCGGUGGCGACUACCCCGUCACUGCCCACGGUAGGACCGACCCCGCCCAGUCCACCGGCUUCGUCUUCCUCAAUUGCCUUGUUAACGGCACCGAGGAGUUCAUGUCCUUGUACUAUGCCGAUCCUCGGGUGCAUAGGACCUUCUUGGGGCGGCCCUGGAAGGAGUAUUCGAGGACGGUUUUCAUACAUUGUGAUCUCGAAGCUGUUGUUUCCCCUUUUGGGUGGUCACCGUGGAGCGGGGAGUUUGCUUUGAACACUCUGUUUUAUGGGGAGUUUGAGAAUUUCGGGAUCGGUUCGAAUUUGUCCGAGAGAGUCGGGUGGAGUAGCCAGAUCCCAGCGGAGUAUGUUUCUACUUACUCGGUUGAGAACUUCAUUCAAGGAAAUGAAUGGAUUCCAUUAAGCUCGUGAUAAUUUGGACUA